AUGGUUAAUCAAAAUAUUUAUGAAGGUAUUCUUCUUGGAAUGGGAAAUCCAUUAUUGGAUAUUCAAACAACUGUAACAAAAGAAUUUUUAGAUAAAUAUUCAUUAAAAGAGAAUGAUGCUAUAUUGGCUGAUGAUAGUCAUAUACCAUUAUUUGAAGAGUUACUCUCAAUGAAAGAUACUGAAUUUAUUCCCGGUGGAGCAACACAAAAUGCUCUUCGUGUUUCUCAAUGGAUUAUUCAAAAACCAAAUUGUUGUACAUUUUUUGGAGCUGUUGGUGAUGAUAAAUAUGGAAAAACAUUAAAAGAAAUAACAUCAUUAUCUGGUGUAAAUGCUAAAUAUCAAUUAAAUUCAUCCAUCAAAACUGGUACUUGUGCUGUAUUAAUUAAUGGUUCAAAUAGAUCACUUGCUGCUCAUUUAGCUGCUGCUAAUACAUUUAAUAUGAAUCAUUUUGAUGAUCCUUCUAAUGUUGAGUUAGUUAAAAAAGCUAAAUAUUACUACAUUUCUGGAUUUUUUUUAACUGUCUGUCCACAAGCUAUUCAAUAUGUUGCAAAACAUUCAUCUGAAGAAAAUAAAACAUUUGCAAUGAAUCUUGCAGCACCAUUUAUUUGUCAAUUCUUUAAUAAUAAAUUAAAUGAAGCUUUACCAUAUGUUGAUAUUAUAUUUGGAAAUGAAAGUGAAGCUGAAGCUUAUGCUGAAUCAAAUAAUUUUAAUACAAAAAAUUUAAAUGAAAUUGCUCUUAAAUUGGCAUCAUUACCAAAAGUUAAUAAAAAUAAAGAAAGACUUGUUAUAAUAACUCAAGGAGAUAAACCAACAAUUGUUGUAAAAAAUAAUAUUGUUACAGAAUAUCCAAUUAAUAGUAUACCAAAAGAAAAAUUAGUUGAUACAAAUGGUGCUGGAGAUGCAUUUUGUGGAGGAUUUUUUUCACAAUUUAUUCAAGAAAAGGAUCUUGAUGAAUGUAUCAAGUGCGCAAACUAUGCAGCUAUGACAAUCAUCCAGCAUCAAGGUUGUACACUUCCCAAGACAUGUGAAUAUCAUUAG